CUCAAGGCUGUGCAACUUUGCAAAUUGCAUGCUGAGGAGGACAAGGACAAAACGACACAAAGGCAAAAGCGUUGUCGUUGUGGUGCGCGCGCUGCUGUGGUUUGGGAUUGACAAGAAGGCAGCGUCGAGAAGGAAGCGAAAGGCAGGGAAGGUGUGUCAAGAACACGAGGUGGAAGGUGUGUCUGGAGAAAGAAGAAGGACGACACAGCAAACGAGCGAGGCAGCAAGCAAGCCAGCAAGCAAGUGAACAUCGAGAACGGCGCGAUGGUGGAUGAGGACACGAGGCAUUGGCUUCGACGCGGGGUGCUUGAGAAGAGGGCACAGGGCAAGAGCGCCAUCACGCACUUUACCUUCCGCAAGCGCACGUUUGUGCUCACCCCAAGCAGCCUCAACUACUACAAGGGCGUCGCCACGGAGGACUUGAAACUCAGAGGAUCAAUCCCACUGCAGUCCAUUCGGUCAUGUGAACGAUGCGAUGGCAGUGUUUGGGACAGACCUUCCCUCAUCCAGGUUGUACACGAUGAGGCGACCCUGUACAUUUCCGCUGCCAACAGUGCCCAGCUAGCAGAUUGGAUCGAGGAUAUUCGAAGAGCGUGCAUGCUGCCCCAGAAUCGCUCCUCAAAGCACAAGCUGUAUCACCCGGGCGUGUUCUUCCGCGGGAAGUGGACGUGCUGCAACCUUGCAUCGGCGAGCGGCGGCUGUAAGGCUGCCUUCCGCUAUUCUGAGAAGAAUCUCGAGCCACAACCCGUCGCAAGCCAGCUCGCAGACACGGCGCCUGUUCGCUUCCUCAACGAUGACGACUUUGCUGCGGAGGAGGACGAGGAAGAUCCGGACAUUGCUGCAAACCGCCGCCUGGAGCAGCUGGCCCUGCGGACCGAAAGUCCGGAAUCUGUCGCUUACGCAAGAAUUGACGAGCGCGCGCGUGCGAUUGAGAGCGACGGUGACACGAGCGAGGACGACAACGAUGAUGGCACACUCGUGCAGGACUACGGCCGCCCCCUCAUGACAACAUCAGCGUCAACAGCAGCCAGCACGACAGCAACAACAGUUGCUGCAUUAGAGCAUGAAUAUGCAGAGGCAGGUGACCCUGACGAGGAAGAGGGGCACUACUACUCGCAGGCGCUGGACACAUCGCUCGAUACAAGCAGCCCGCACCGCGGUGGCGGCAGGCGUGACGGCACAGUGGCGCAUCAAGGUCCAGGAACGGCCACGGGGGCGGGGCAGGUGGUGAGUCGAGGCACAACGCGGCGAGGACAGCGACCGAAGACGUCGAUCCAGCUGCAACUCGACCACGACCUGCAGCACGAGCUGGAGGACCCGCACGCCCUCUACUCCAUCCCGCACUCCCAGACACGAGUGACUGCUGCUGAGAUUGAGGAGAAGAGGCGCCAGCGCGUCAGUGCACCGCCAGAUGUGCUCUCGUCACCACUGCCCCCAAUUCCGCCGUCAUCCUCAUCCCCACCAUCGUCUGACCAGCCCGUCUACUCUGCACUCAACAUGACGUCGGUGCAAUCUACUCCUCCCCGCUCCUCCGAGCACGUCUACUCCCGCCUCGCAUCAGACCGUGCCAGCUGACACCUUCGCCAACACAUGCACACACCCAACACACGCCAACACACCCAACAUACACCCAAUCACAUUUCUUGACGUUUGUUGAACGUGUGUACUACUACUCUGCGACGGCCACAAACCAGCCCACCAGUGCCGCCACCACCGCCACCACGAUCCCAGCCACCACCACCACCAUCGACCCGCCACUGCCACCGCUGUGCUCAGCAACAUCGCGCUGGCGUGCAUGGCCCGCCUUGCUCGCAUCCGCUGACGCUGCCGCCUGUGAUGAUGUUGUCUGCGAUGCUGAU